CCGAGAGUGCGCGAGGCUCAGCUACCAUUUGCUUCGGCCGCGGGGCGCCCGGGGCACUGGCGCUGGUACCAACUGCGGGGGCCCGCUGCGACCCAGUACCUGAGAGGCGGGCCCGAGCGCGGGGAGGCAGCGGGCCCAGAAGGCCGCGUCCAUGGGCCUACAACGUCCGGGCUGUGGCUGUACAGGCGGGCGGCGGGGACCGCGCGCUCUGUGAGGGCCUGGGGUUCAGGGCCCGGCGAGGAGGUGUCCGGGCGCGCCGUGUAUCGCAGCGCCGUCGUGCGAGGAGAGGCCCGGCCCGUAUCUUGGCGCUAGCGAAGCCACCCUGACUGCUGGGGACGCGCUCCGGCCUGUGUCUGCGGCCCGGCAGUGAGGUGGCGGCCGGCACGGGCUUGCCGCGGCUCCCGCUCUGUGCACGGCCUCAGUCUCCCAAGCCCGCCGUGCAUGGUGCCGCCGCCCCUCCAGCCUUCGUCCGCUGCGGAGCGCGCCGGACCAGGCGGUCGGGCCUCGCCGCGCCGCCGCGCCGACCAUGUCGGCGGCCAAGGAGAACCCGUGCAGGAAAUUCCAGGCCAACAUCUUCAACAAGAGCAAGUGUCAGAACUGCUUCAAGCCUCGGGAGUCGCAUCUGCUCAACGACGAGGACUUGACGCAGGCAAAACCCAUUUAUGGUGGCUGGCUGCUUCUGGCUCCAGAUGGGACUGACUUUGACAACCCAGUGCAUCGGUCUCGGAAGUGGCAGCGACGGUUCUUUAUCCUGUACGAACACGGACUUCUACGCUAUGCCCUGGAUGAGAUGCCCACAACCCUCCCUCAGGGAACCAUCAACAUGAACCAGUGUACAGACGUGGUGGACGGAGAGGGCCGGACGGGCCAGAAGUUCUCCUUGUGCAUUCUGACACCUGAGAAGGAGCAUUUCAUCCGGGCAGAGUCCAAGGAGAUUAUCAGUGGGUGGUUAGAGAUGCUCAUGAUCUAUCCCAGGACCAACAAGCAGAACCAGAAGAAGAAGCGGAAAGUGGAGCCUCCCACGCCACAGGAGCCAGGGCCAGCCAAGAUGGCCGUCACCACCACCAGCAGCAGCAUCCCCAGUGCGGAGAAAGUCCCCACCACCAAGUCCACACUCUGGCAGGAGGAAAUGAGGGCCAAGGACCAGCCAGAUGGGAGUAGCCUGAGUCCAGCUCAGAGUCCCAGCCAGAGCCAGCCUUCUGCAACCAGCACCCUUAGGGAACCUGGACUAGAGGGCAAAGAUGAGGAGAGCAUCAUGAACAGUGACCGCAUGGACUGUGGCCGCAAAGUCCGGGUGGAGAGCGGCUACUUCUCCUUGGAGAAGACCAAGCAGGAUUUGAAGGCCGAGGAACAGCAGCUGCCCCAGCCAGUCUCCCCUCCCAGCCCCAGCAUUCCCAAUAACAGGUAUAGUGGCCCCAGACCGCCCUCCCAGGAGCUUGGUCAUCCCCUUCCUUCCCCAGGUCCUCGACCCCCCUGUCGAAUGGUCUGCAGCAGCUACCUCAGCUCUCUGGAUGUGGCCAGCCAGCCCCCCGCUCACAUGGACUCCGGCAGCACUGGGGGGCGGGGAGCAGAGAGACUGGGUUGCACCCUUGCCUUUAAAGCCAGCAGGCGGUAUGCCACCUUGGCCGACGUCCCUAAGGCCAUCAGGAUCAGCCACCGAGAAGCCUUCCAGGUGGAGAGAAGGAGGUUGGAGCGUAGCACUCGGGGCCGGAGCCCUGGCAGGGAAGAGGUGGCCCGUCUGUUUGGCAACGAGAGGAGGAGGUCCCAGGUAAUUGAGAAAUUUGAGGCCUUGGAUAUUGAGAAGGCAGAGCACAUGGAAACCAACUUAUCAGCUGGACCCUCACAAUCAAGCGACACUCGCCAGGGCCGUAGUGAGAAGAGGGCAUUCCCCAAGAAGCGGGACCUCCCCAGUGAAGCCCCCACAGCUCCUCUCCUGGAUGCCUCAGCCUCCCCCCUGUCUCCACACCGAAGAGCCAAGUCACUGGACAGGAGGUCCAUGGAGUCCUCCCUGACGCCUGACCUGCUGAAUUUCAAGAAAGGCUGGCUGACCAAGCAGUACGAAGAUGGCCAGUGGAAGAAAUACUGGUUUGUCCUUGCUGAUCAAAGCCUGAGAUACUAUAGGGAUUCGGUGGCUGAGGAGGCAGCUGACUUGGAUGGGGAAAUUGACUUGUCUACGUGUUAUGGUGUCACAGAGUAUCCAGUCCAGAGAAAUUAUGGCUUUCAGAUACAUACAAAGGAGGGCGAAUUCACCCUCUCUGCCAUGACGUCUGGGAUCCGGCGGAAUUGGAUCCAGACCAUCAUGAAGCAUGUCCAUCCGACCUCUGCCCCUGAUGUGACAAGCUCAUUGCCUGAGGAGAAGAACCGGAAUAGCUCCUCCUUUGAGACUUGCCUGAGGUCAAGUGAGAAGCAAGAGAUGGAGCCCAGAGAGCCAGAUCCUGAGCAGAAGAGGAGCCGUGCUCGGGAGCGGAGACGGGAGGGACGAUCCAAGACCUUUGAUUGGGCUGAGUUCCGCCCCUUGCAGCAGGCCCUGGCUAAGGAGAGGGCCAGUGCCACAGUGCCCCCUGACAUGCUCCCUGAGGCAGAGUCAGGAGAGCUGGAGCGGGAACGUGCUCGGAGGCGGGAAGAACGCCGCAAGCGCUUUGGGAUGCUCGACACUGUAGAUGGGACAGCCACUGACGAUACAGCCUUGCGGAUGGAGGUUGAUCGGAGCCCGGGGCCGCCUGUGUCCCCCAACCCCAAGACACAGAACGUCCAUGUGGAGAUCGAACAGCGGUGGCAUCAGGUGGAGACCACCCCUCUACGGGAAGAAAAGCAGGUGCCCAUUGCCCCUCUGCACCUGUCCUGUGAGGACAGAAGUGACAGGCUCUCCAAUCAUGAGCUGACCUCUCUGCUGGAAAAGGAGUUGGAGCAGAGCCAGAAGGAGGCCUCGGACCUUUUGGAGCAAAACCGGCUCCUGCAGGAUCAACUGAGAGUGGCUCUGGGCCGGGAGCAGAGUGCCCGGGAGGGCUAUGUGCUGCAGACUGAAGUGGCCACCUCCCAACCUGGUGCCUGGCAGAGGCUCCACAGAGUCAAUCAAGAUCUGCAAAGGGAGCUGGAGGUCCAGUGCUGGCGCCAGGGGCUAACCACGCAGCAGACCCAGGCCCCGAAGCGCAGCUACAGGGAGGCCAAGGACACAGUCCAGCACCACGAGACAGAGAUCCACAGCCUUCAGGCGAGGCUCAGUAAUGCUGCCGCUGAGCUUACCAUCAAGGAACAGGCACUGGCCAGGCUCAAGGAUGACCUGAAACUGGAGAAAGACAAGGUCCGUGAGCAUUUGGAGGAGUGGAAGCACAGCAAGGCUGUGCUGAGCGGUCAGCUUCAGGCCAGUGAGCAGAAGCUUAAGAGCACAGAGGCCCUGCUGGUGGAGAAGACACAGGCACUGCGGUACCUGGAGACACAACAGGCGCUGCAGAGGGACCGGCAGAAGGAGGUGCAAAGGCUGCAGGAGCGCAUCACUGAUCUCAGCCAGCAGCUCAGCGCCAGUGAGCAAGCCCAGCGGCUAAUGGAGGAGAAGCUGCAGAGGAACUAUGAGCUGCUGCUGGAGAGCUGUGAGAAAGAGAAGCAGGUGCUGCUGCAGAACCUGAGGCAGGUGGAGGACAAGGCUAGCGCCUAUGAGGACCAGCUCCAGGACCACGAACGACAGAUGGAGCUCCUCCAGAAGGAGAAGCUUAGUGCCCGGUUUGAGGGCAGCGAGGCCAUGCACCAGCUGGAGGAGCAGCUACAGGUAAAGGAGGCCAGCAUCCACAAGCUGGCUGAGCAUGUCCAAAGCCUCAGAGACGAGCGGGACCUGAUCAAGCAACGCUUCCAGGAGCUGAUGGAGCGCAUUGCCCUGUCUGAUGGGGACAUAGCUGAGCUUCAGAAGAAGCUGAGGGGAAGAGAGGCAGACUACCAGAACCUGGAACACUCCUACAGGAGAGUAGCCAGCCAGCUCCAGGACAUGCACACUCUGCUGAAAGAAAAGGAGGAAGAGCUGAAGCACAUCAAGGAAAUGCAUGAGAAAGUUCUGGAAAAGAAAGAUCAGGACCUCAAUGAGGCUUUGGUUAAAAUGGUUGCCUUGGGGAGCAGCUUAGAGGAAACAGAAAUGAAGCUCCAGACAAAGGAAGAAAUUUUAAGGAAGUUUACAAAGGCAUCAUUAGAGGAAGUUGAGGAGCUUCAGAGCUCCCUGGAAGAAGCAGAGGAGGAUGGCAUUGCACUUUCAGGCCCACAGCUCCAAGCCUCAGGCUCAUCUCCAGGCUUCCCACCCUUGAGGCUCGAGGAGGACGACCCAGGGGCUGCUCUUAGGGAGAAACAUAGGCACAGCAGCCCUAGGACAGAAGUGAGCAUGAUGCCCCCAAAGUCAGAAGUGCCCAACAAGGAGGGGCACGUGAAGAACACAGCAAAAUGUGAGCAGGGGGUACCCAGCGUGAAAAGGCAAAGAAUCCGGUUCUCUACAAUCCAGUGCCAGAAAUACACCCAGGCUGAUGGGUCCGAGAAAACCUGGACCAGUAGCACAUCUUCUGAUACUAGUCAAGACCGGUCACCCUCAGAGGAAAGCAUGUCAUCAGAGGCCACCCUGAGCUCUCUUCCUGCAGCCAGUGAUUCUGACACCUACCUCUCCAUAAUACACUCCCUGGAGACCAAGCUCUACAUCACAGAAGAGAAGCUCAAAGAUGUGACAGUGAAGCUGGAGAGCCAGCAGGGCCAGAGCCAGGAGGCUCUGCUCACGCUGCACCACCAGUGGGCCAGCACUGAGGCAAGGCUCCGAGAGCAGCUCCGUGCCAGCCUACUCCAGGUUGGCAUGCUGGCCUCCCAGCUGGAGCAGGAAAAACAGGCUAGGGCAAAGAUAGUUGAAAAUCACGUCGGAGAACUUGGCAAUUUCCAGGUAAAAAACACCCAGGCCUUGGCUUGCUUGGAAAAUUGCCGCGAACAAUUACGAUCUCUGCCAGGGUCUGGCCAGGAGGAAGCACAGGAGGCAGGAGCGGGCCCCCUGGCCAGCAUGGAGAGAGUGUUAGUCCACGCCAUCCAGGCCCUACAUCACUGGCCAGCCCCUGCAGACAGCGGGGCCCAUGCUCAGCUAGAGGAAGGGAGCGUCUUGGAGAAAGGGAAAGAGACUUUGCAGCAGCCACCUCACCUGCCUGAACUAACUGAGCAGGAGCAGCUUAAGCUACUUUCUGAUCAAAUAGCUCUGGAAGCCUCACUGAUAAACCAAAUAGCAGACUCUUUAAAAAACACAACAUCAGAUAUCUCACGCGUUCUCCAUGAGAUUUCUCAGUCAGGGAGGUUGCCUCUGGAGUCUGGAAGUGCUGCAGUUUGUCUUGGGGCUGCAGCAGACACCUGGGCUAAGAAAGUGCUGGUGGAUGGUGAAUUCUGGAGCCAGGUUGAGUCCCUGAGUAAGCACCUGGGGAUGGUGGGAGGAGAGGCGGCCAGUGUAUCAGGAGGUGGGCAGCAGAGCAUCCCACAAGCCCUAGUCCCUGCCCUGGCAGAUGCUACAUGGGUCAGGGCGGAGCUCAGCUUUGCUGUGCAGUCAUUGAGGGAAUCAUUCCACCGUCGGUUGCAGAGCAUCCAGGAGACUCUCCAGGGGACCCAGAUGGCCCUGCAGCAGCAUAAGCACAUGCUGGGGGAAAUCCUGGGAACCUACCAAACCCCUGAAUUUGAUAAAGUGAUGCAGCAGGUCUCGGAAGCCCUCUCGCUUUCAGCAGGCAUUGCAGAUGGUGUGCAGGUAUCCUGGGAGUUGAGCUCAUUAGGAGAAGAACUGAGUCAUCGAGAUGUAGCCAGCUCCCAGGAACCCUUUCCCUUGUCUGAUCAGAGCUCUGGGACCCUCGUUGCUAUUCAGGAAGAACUCGCCCUGCAGCUUAAAGAUAAGGCCAGCCUCUUAAGAGAUAUAUCUGCCUCUUUAACUUCUCUUCCCACUGUGGAAUCAGUAAGAGAUUGUCAGAAGCUUCUUCAGGUGUCCCAAAAUCUUUCCUAUAACACUUAUUUGGGAGGCCUUGGUCAAUAUUCUUCAUUAUUAGUUAAAGAUGCAAUUAUUCAGGCACAAGUGUGUUAUGCAGCCUGCAAAAUCCGUCUGGAGUAUGAAAAGGAGCUCCAGUGCUACAAGGAGUCCUGGCAGAGCACAGGGGCCUCCUGUCAGGAGCACGAGCAGGUUGUUGGGGCCCUGAGGGAGGAAUACAAGGAACUUCUCCAGAAGCAGAAGAGCGAGUACCUAGAAGUGAUUGCCAUCGUUCAAAGGGAAAAUGCAGAGCUCAAGGCCCAGGUCACCCAGCUAGACCAUCAGCAGAAGUACCUGGAAGAAGUGGAAAGCAAGCACAGCGAGAACAUGUUUGCCCUGCAAGGGAGGUAUGAGGAGGAAAUCAGGUGUGUGGUGGAGCAGUUGAACAGAGCAGAGAAUACACUGCAGGCUGAGCACAGCAGAGUCCUCAGUCAGCUGGAUGCCUCUGUCAGAGACAGGCAGGACUUAGAGAGGCACCACGUGGAGCAGAUGCAGACCCUGGAGGACAAGUUCCAGCUUAAGGUCAAAGAGCUACAGACCAUCCAUGAGGAAGAGCUGAGGAUCUUGCAGGAGCACUACUCCCAGAACCUCCAGUGCCUGCAGGAGAGACUCUGCCACUACCAGGGGCGGCCCCCGGAAGCCCUCCUGGCUAGCAGCCCCCACAAGCUGCCCACCUCCACCUGGCCAGCCACCCAGCCCCAGGAGUCCCUGCAGGUGGCCACUGGGGAGACUGAUUCCAUGACAGGGCUGAGAGAGCGCAUCCAGGAGCUGGAGGCACAGAUGGACAUCAUGCGGGAGGAGCUGGAGCACAAGGACCUGGAGGGCAACACAGCUACACUGCGGGAGAAGUACCAGAAAGACUUUGAGAACCUUAAGGCCACAUGCGAACGUGGGUUUGCAGCAAUGGAGGAAACACACCAGAAAAAGAUUGAAGAUCUCCAGAGGCAGCACCAGCGGGAACUGGAGAAACUGCGGGAAGAGAAAGACCGUCUCCUGGCUGAGGAAACUGCGGCCACCAUCUCAGCCAUUGAAGCCAUGAAGAAUGCCCACCGGGAGGAAAUGGAGCGCGAGUUGGAGAAGAGCCAGCGGUCCCAGAUCAGCAGCAUCAACUCAGACAUCGAGGCCCUGCGGCGGCAGUAUCUGGAGGAGUUGCAGUCGGUGCAGCGGGAGCUGGAGGUCCUCUCCGAGCAGUACUCACAGAAGUGCCUGGAGAAUGCCCACCUCGCCCAGGCGCUAGAGGCUGAGCGGCAGGCCCUACGGCAGUGCCAACGCGAGAACCAGGAGCUCAACGCCCACAAUCAGGAGCUGAACAACCGCCUGGCUGCGGAAAUUGCACGAUUACGGACACUGCUGACUGGAGAUGCUGGUGGGGAGGCUGCUGGCUCACCCCUCACACAGGGCAAGGAUGCCUAUGAGUUAGAGGUCUUACUACGAGUCAAGGAAUCGGAAAUACAGUACCUAAAACAGGAGAUCAGCUCUCUCAAGGACGAGCUCCAGACGGCAUUGCGGGACAAGAAAUAUGCUAGUGACAAGUACAAAGACAUCUACACAGAACUGAGCAUCGUGAGGGCAAAGGCUGACUGUGAUAUCAGCAGGUUGAAAGAGCAGCUGAAAACAGCCACAGAAGCACUGGGUGAAAAAUCCCCUGAGAACACCCCUGUGUCAGGAUAUGAUAUAAUGAAAUCUAAAAGCAACCCUGACUUCCUAAAAAAGGACAGAUCCUGUGUGAGUCGGCAACUCAGGAACAUCAGAUCCAAGUCCGUAAUUGAGCAGGUCUCAUGGGAUAACUGAAACGAGCCCGCUUCCAGGUCCCUUGUCAUAGUCUAAAGGAAGGCUUGACGGUGCAAGAACGCUUGAAGCUCUUUGAAUCCAGGGACUUGAAGAAAGACUGACUGUCCCAUUCCGAUUGAACACACACCCUUCCCAGCUUGUGGCAGCACAACCCAAAUGCUACUUUUUGUCUGUACCUUUAUUUUUAUUAUUAUUGUUAUUGUCAUUAUUAACUGUGGGUAUGGAUGCAUGAGAGACUAGUUUAUGGGUUGUUCACACCAUUCCCUGCUGUGCUGAUUCCAGCUUCCUCUUGGCUCUGUCUGAGCUGUUACUCCUUGGUUCUUCUAAAACAAGCCAGGCAGUGGGGGCUGCAAGGGCCAUCUGCUCUAGCUGGGUCUGUGCUGGGAGUCCCUGCUGUCGUCCGCCUCACUCACUGUCAAUAUUAAGGCCCAGCAGCCUAUUGAAAAGCUGGCUCUGUCUCAUCAAGAGCACUGGGGAGAGGGACAGAGAGAGAGAAUCAGGCCCAGGGGCCUGUAGCUCUGCUGCAUACUGAGUCCCUUGGAGAGAGAACAAGCCAUUGGGAUGUGGUUUUACCUAGAUUACAACACUGACAACUUGCUAGCUAUGGGAGGAGCUGGGGGAGCAGGGCGAAGGGCAUGGUGUAUGCCACCAGUUAGCUUGAGGGAAGGUCAGCAUUUUAUAUUUGUUCCACUAAUGCAGCUUAGAACCACACCCCAGAUAAUUGUGGUAAACUUUUCACAACCUUGAAAAUGUUGAAAACAGCCUUUCCUAUUUUUGUUUUUUUUAUUAAAUCUUGCACAAAACCCCAGCCCUCUCAUUCCUUCCUCUGCUCAGUCCUUUCUGUGGUCGCCAGUCUGGUCUUUCCGCACCUGCCUGGCCUGUUGACCUGUGGCAUGGGGUUUCGGACUGUAAUUGCUAAUGAUGAUGAAUUCCCCCCAGGUAUGUCGUUUGUGAGGACAGGUGAUUUAUCUCUGUAACCUCUCUGUAAAUAAACCUCAUGUUACUUUUGAAAAGGUUAGGCAAAGACCCCUAUGUUAAGUCAAGGAGAAAAUGCAGAGGAUGUCAAUCAGAUGAGAAUGGCCCAUUAUUUUUUGUUCUUAACUCCAAUCUGAGACCUGAAGAGUUCUCUUUUAGCAUUUAGAGAACCUAAAGUAAACCUAUUAUAAUUCUGAUUUUUUAACAGUUUGAAUAAGACCUUUAUAACUGCCACAAAACACUCUACAACACUUCUUGUAAAGACUUAAAUUGGAGUUUUUCUCAUAGGCCCAUGGAAACUGUUCAUCCUGAGAUAAGAAGUAUAACAAAACCAAGGGGAGCCAGCUCUGCUGCCUUAGCAGCAAGGGGCAGGCUGAGAGCAGAAUGUCUGGGGGAACUCCCUCCAGCUGUCCUGUAUCUGUUGGUCUGUUGAUUGUACUGCCAAGAGCAUGUGUCUGCUCUGUUGUAAUGCUUGCGUGAGUUUGAUAGUCUGUAGGUACACAGAUACUUGGGGAGUAAAAAUGUAGAGGUGUCUUGCUCAGUUUCUAGAUUUGAAAACAAGGUCAUUUGGGAAGAGCCCCAGAAAGGCCAGACAAAAGGCACUUGCUUGGUGCUGUCUGCUCACUGCAGUGGCUGAGGAGCUGCAUGCUGGCCUCAGCCGUCCCUGUUCACACCUGUAACUCUUUGGCGUAAUGCUUUCCUUCUUCCAUGGUGGUUUUUUUUUUCUUUGUUUGUUUUUUACUUCUUUUUACCCUUUAAUCCUCACCUGAGGACAUCUACUGUUUUUUUAGAGAGGAAGAGGCAGGGUUGGGGGGAGAAAAGAAACAUUUGAUAGGUUAUAUCCCAUAUGUGCCCUGACCAGUGAUCAAACUUGCAACCUUGGUGUACCAGGAUGAUGCUCCAGCCAACUAAGCCCCUCCCAGUGAGGGCUGUUCUAUGUUUUUAAAAGAUCAGCUCUGUUUUUUAAAUUCUACUUACCAGAUACCCCCUGACAUGUAGAUUGGCAGCAUUUUUAAAGGGCGGUGACCUUUCUGUGUCAUGCUCAGAAUGGGAGUGAACAGAAGGAGUAUUUGGGACCUGCAGUCCUACUCUCUUCAGCAGGUAUCCUCUGGGGCAGAGUGUGGUGACACUCAGCAGAUCUGAGGGACAGGCCUAUCCACCUUGUCCUCCGUGUGGCUGUCUGGGCACUACGGUUUUAUGUCGCUCCUUCCGAGAACUUGCCUUAUCAAGCCGGUGUCCUUUGUGAGUGCCCUGCAGCCUCAAGGACUCUUCUCUCCAGGUGACCCCUUCGCUCUAUCCCUCCCUGAGGUUUCCAAGGCAGGUCCUGCAUGGAGUCAAGCUCCAUCUGCCUUCUGUUGUGAAGGUUUGAAAUCUGCAGUUGAAUAGGUAAAAGAGCAUUCAUUUUACUGACUUUUCCUUUGACAUGAGAUCUCAGGAAUCCUGGGGAACAAAUGUGUUAGGUACAGCAUUUGGGGGUCAAAGGGAGACUGAGGGAGACCUCCUGUCAUGGCAGCCUCUAUAAAGGACUCUCCCACUCACUCUAGAACAACAGGACUCAUUUGCCAGGGGCUGGUUCAGUCUGGGGGUUACCAGGAAAUGGACUGCGAGUGCUAAGGUGGCUGAGAAAUGGGGGCACUCUGACUCCUCUAAGAAAAGGCUGGUUAUGCUGCAGCCUCCCAUACAGUGCGCAGCCCUCCCUUGGCGUGGCUGAGUGCCAUUACAUGUUGAUGACAACUGUCAGGCUCCAAGCCAGGGCUGGGUGUCCCAGUGCUCAGUCCUGGUCUCCAACUAGAAUGAGCACACAGGACAGAACAAAGAGGGCCUUCACUUCUGGCCUGCAUGUCCCACCAUGGUACUGCCACAGUCCCCACUGUACAGUGUCCUCUGUGUUCCAUGAACCCACUAAACCCCAGGGAAGAAUUUAGCCACCUAAACCACUGAGGAGAGAAGGAGUAACAGUGUGGAGGUCAGGCUGGUUUCUGUAUUGUUACAGAAAGGUCCUCAGGUCAGGCCUGAGCUGCCGCUGGGGCUGUGGCCAGGGGAGCAUAGGGGACGAUGAGUCCCAGUGCUCCAUGCUUGGCUGCUCCCAGUAGGAGCCAAGCAGUGGGUGCAUCCCACCCCCUCCCCAGGAGCCAAAUGUUAACAGGCAAAACUCUUCACAGUUGUAACUACUUUCCUGUAAAUGUUUGCUUCAUUUACAGUCUGCUAGCACCUGCACAUAAACUGUGGCAAUCAUAAUGGCAAAACUUCCCUUGACAAUUUUGUGAACAUACACACCAAUCACAGCAUGCACACGCACUUUCUAAUUCUUUUACCACUCGUGAUGCCAGUACUUGAGCAGAUAUGAAGGUGGUUAUUUCCAGAGGACUGUGGCCAUCAGCAGCCUCCCUGGCAGAGGUGCGACAGUGGGCGGGGUGAGGUGGCAGGCAGAGCACUUGGCCACUAGAAGUUGAAGUUUGUGCAAUAAGGUGUCACGAUGAGUCUGAAUUUGUGGGAGGAAGUGCUGGCUGUCCUGGGGGGUGCUGCUGGAGGCUGUGGUGGGAAUGUGUGGGUUUGAGAGGAGCUAAGAUCAGAGGCCGCUCCCUACAAGUCCUGCAGCGUCCAGAUCCAGUCACUUGCUCACUGACCCAACACUUCGCACCCAACACUGUGGCCUCCCAUGGGCCACACUUUUGAAGAGAGAAAACGGCAAUUUUUAAGGCAGUUGUGGCUCUUGGAAUCUGCCUGAAAGGAAUUCUGACCAAAAGGCCAGGAAACAAAGCAGACAGCCCAAAAAGCAUUUUUGAUGGAGAUGCAUUUAUACCAUUUGUUUCACCACAGAGGGAGGUGGGACACUGUCCUUUUAUCACUGUUGCCUAGGGUUCCCUUCAGCAAUUCUGUUUCUACACUUGGGUUGGGGGCGUGUGGUGUGGCACAGUGCCUGCCCGAAUCCUGCAGGGCCUGGAGGCUGAGCGACAGCCCUGUGACCUCUUUUCUCCAGCUCUGAAAUGACAAGGGUGUGCCCUGUGGCCUCAUUUCGGAGGGAGGGGCAGUGGGGAGCCUUUCCUGCUCCCCACUCCCUGAUGCCUGCGAGGUGUCUUCAUGGCUGACCACACUCGGCCACUCACUCACUGACGUAUCUAGGUCUCAGACAGUUCUUUAGGGAUUUAAAGCUGUUUUCAGUUAGAGUGAAGAAAAUAUAACCCAUCAACAUUUAUUUUUCAUGAAAUAAAAGUUUAUACAUUAUUGUCCUAAGGAAGGUUGAAAUUUAACAGUCUCAUUUGCAACAUUGAAUUUGUGUUAACAUUUAACACAAUUUCAAAAAGGAUUCAGUCACUCCCUUUAUCACCAAAAGGGGAGGGGUGGGAUUUUAAGUAUUUCCAAAGUUUUACAAAGGACAGGGAAGUACACAGUAUUGUACUUCAAAGGAAUUUAAUGCUAGAGGAAAAAAAUUGGCACAUUAAUUGAAAGUUUCACUUCUCUGGAAAAAUCAGUGGAAUAUCUCAUACCCUGAAAAUCCUGGACAACCAAGUUACUACAGUGUUUUAUGUUAAAUAGGAAUUUGCUUUAUAAAUAAAUUUUAACUGUUGCCCUAACAUUUUCUCCACUCAGUUGAGAUUAGUGAACAGUCCUCGGUGCCCUGGUCCAGUAGUGUCCACUGGACCUUUAUGAAAGGACUUGGGAGGAAUGCUGCUGAAAACUUUAUUCUAAAGGUCCUUAUUAUGAAGGUAUUUGCACCCCAUUUUUUCUGUCAUUCAUCAUAGGCUCUUCUCCCUUGUCAUUCUUGAGAGAAGAGUUAGUUACUGGACUGACCAGUCAGAAAGGGACUGAGGGUCCCUUUCUCAGUCAGUGCGGACUGAGGAGCCACCAGGGGACUUUCCACAAAGGUCAUGCUUCCAAGUCAACCAGUAUGCAGACGCCUCUCCUCUGGCUUUUCCAUGCCACCAAAUCCCUAAAACGCCUGUGCUCAGCCAGAUAUCAGACUUCUAAUUCUAGAAAAGGUCUUUUUAUUCACCUGACACCUGAAGGACUUGGUCUAAAGGUCAAGUCCUUCACCACACAGCAGGGCAGUGUGGGACAAUUUCUUCUUCCACAACAGGCCACGUGCUAUCAGUCCUCAGACUGCCCUCAGGAGAUAGGAGAGUGGGGACAGGCUGGUGCACUGUGUACAAUCUUGCAUGUUCUUACACAUGUACAAACACCUUUGGCAAGUUCACACUUUCCACAGUUGAAAACUGAAAUAAGGAUCAACCUUAAGUGAGGUCUAGUAAAACCUCUUUUCUUAGGUUCUUUCAUAGGAAGACAACAUAAACCUGUAUGAUGGUGCACAUUGUCAGUUUCUCUCGUUUUGUCUACUGGAAAAGACCUGGCCUCACUCCUUGGCCCUUUUGAGCACAGUUUAAGUUUCAAGUCUUGAUGUUUCUCUGUAAUGGGCAGAGGCCUACGUUUUCCGAAGUCUUUCAGCCAGACUCACAGAGCAGGAGUAAUAGCUCCACACUAGACCGCUCCCAGGGAUGGCAUAACACACCUUGGGUCCCUUUCCUCUAGGUGUGCACACAGGACUGUGUGACAACUUCAGCUACAGUGCUCAGAGUGCUUCCAAUUUCUCUGUAUUUAAAAGAAGCUGUUUUUUUUCUUCUAAGUAACUUGUAUGUAUAUUAUUCAGACUAAGCAUUGUAAAUAUUACUCAGAAGUUACUAUAGGAUUUUUGUGACAAAAUGUUUUUUUAAGUUGUAUACAGAUAAUCGCUUUUUAAGGUAGGGAGAACAGCUUUGGGUACAACAUUGAACCCCACUCAACAUUAUAAGGAAAUGCUUUUAAUGACUUUCUAAAAGCUUUGGUCAUUGAACAGGUGGUUUUAAAGACUGUAUAUUGUAUAUACAAUAACGAUGACCCCAUACCAAAACACUGUUUUUUGUUGAAAAAACUAAUACUUGUUAUUGGUAGAGCUAUUUAAAAUCCUGGCAGGGGGAAAAAAAUCCUAGCUGAAAAUUAAAAGAACAACCUGUUGGUUACAUCUUUACCAAACCCUUCCAUACAGUAAUCUAAGACUUGUUAGGAGGCAGUUUUGGUGUCAGGGGACUGUGCCUGGGAAGCUCUAUAUGCAGAGUCCAGCUGAGCAUCUGGACUUCCCCAGCCCUGGGGCUGUAUUAUUAGCAUAAAGGCCACAAAAUACUUAAGAAUUGGAUGGUCCAAUAGAGGGAGAUGUAGAAGUCUUAGGUAAACUCAGCAGCAAUCGGAAUCACAGCACUGCCAGGGAGCCUUCCCAGGUGCAGUUGGAGCUCACGGUGAAGAAACCAUCAGGUGUGCUCAGCCUGCCUGCCUGCCGUCACGUUUCCAUACCCUUUGCACUUUCUCCCUUUACAACUAGUUAUAUCACAUACUUCAGUUUUAUAGAAAGCUAGGAAUAGGUUAAGAAGACCACUAAAUUACUGUUAUGUUUAUAUCACAAAACUUUAAUUAAAAUGGAUUUUAGGAUUUACCUUUCAUAUUUACAACAUAUCUACUCACUUAUUGUUAGGAUUCAAACCAGUUAAGAAUUGAUUCAUGUGGUAUUCCUAAGUAAUAUUUACUAAGUGGUUCCUCAACAAUUAUAAUCAGUGAUUUUUCUAUCAGGGUGAAUGUCUCAAUUCAGCUACUGAAGACAAAAACAUACUAUGCCAACCUGCUGGGAGAGCUGCUAUACAAACAGUGAAAAAAUGUAGAUCACUUCCCUGUCGUGAGGAGUCUGGGAGUAAAUCACAGCAAUCACUUCUGCCACUAAUUUUUUCAAAAAUUAGUUGAACAGGCAGAUAAUGCCUGUUCAAAGAACAAACUUGGAUAAAGUAAUGUGUUUAAUUUCUGUACUAAUGCUAAAUGAUACUGUUCACCAAACUAAAUGUCACCUGCAGAAGAAAGCAGAGGCCUAAGGGGCCCAGGUGACUCCUUAGCAUACUUGGGCUCCACCAGAAGCCUCAGGCCUGAAACAGCUCCCAGAAGCAGACUCCACUGGAUGGAUCGUUCUCUGCCGGCUGCUGGGGUCCUGAAGAGAAGAGCCUGGUCAGUGAAGAUGCUCUCUGUUUUGGACAAUUCAAGAAUGUGAUGGUUUAGUUUUACGCUUUUUUAAAAAAUAAAGUUUCUAAUAAACUGCUCACUAUAACUGAA